CAACCCGUAUGUAGGAAAUUCUUAAUUCGGAGACGAAGAAAGAUCUGCUAAACAAACUGCUAAUCAUCACAGAGGAAAUAGAAAGAUCAAAUUUUUACGCCUAGGCUGGGCAAGAAGUUUUGGAGAUCCAUAGGCCCUACUUCUUAUGGCAGUUGAAGCGAUAUAGAUCUAGAUCAGAUUUGUUUCUUUUAUUGUUUUCUGUUGACAAGGGUUUAUUCUGAAUGGACCAAAGCCCGUGAUUUUUUAAAUCUUAGAAUCGAUUGUUGACCGAAGAUUGUCAAAAUGAUUUCGCUUCUUGUUCUAUUAAUCCCGAGACGUCAAGCCUGUUUAUUUAUUUCAGUGGCAUUUUUCUUUCAACUAGAUCUAUACUCCAUUACUGCAGAAGAGGUUCAAGCGCCCAAUGUUAGGGAUGACAUUGUAGGCUUAUAUCCCAAAUUGCCUUUAAGUGACAGUGGUAAUAAUGGAAGGGAUGAUCUGGGUCUGGAAAAGUCUGUUAAUUUGGAAAGAAACAAUGGCCGUGGAGAGGGUUUUGAGUUGCCUGAUGAAACCGAACAUGAGAGUGAAGAAGAGCAAGAAGAUACUAUUGUUUUACCACAAUUACCUAUACGUGCAGAAUUUAGAGGAAAUGAGAAUGAAGAUCUACCAAAGCUCGAUCGCGUGGAUGCUGAAAAUCAGUCUGAUGAUGAGGCUGCAUCUAGAAGUGAUCUUGAACAACUUCUUCCUGGCAAUGCCGAUAACGAAGAAAUUGAUGAAAAUGAAGAUUUUAGAGACUCAAACCAAAACGAAGAGGAGAUGCUACGAGAAGGAACUAACAACGUCGAUGUGGCAAUUCGACCGGAGGCCGGGGCUGAAGACAUUCGUCCAGAUCAUGCGGAAGAUGUUGGUAGAGAGAGAUUAGAGAGCGGAGGAGAGGCUGGUGGUCAGCAGCCCCCAAUCUUGCCGGAGGAGAAAGAGCGGGAUGACUUUGAAGACCAAGUUUCGGACAAGCAGCUUGGGGUUGCAGAAGAUGAAAAAGAGGAUAGCACUGAAGAGGCACAAAGACUUCAAACUCCAGAUGUCCAAAUUGAGAGUUUAUCUCAGAAUAAUAAUGCUCCCAACCAGCCAGGUGCGUACAGCCAGCAGACAGAAGCUGAUCAGCAACUAAAUGUUCCUCAGUUGCCAGGCGAAAGGCUUCCACAAGUGCAGGACAGACAAAAUCUGCAGUCAGGCAAUCAAGAAUUACCUCAACUGCCUAAUACCCCCCAACCCCAGUUUCCGAACCAACAAUUACCCAAACAAAAUCUCCCCCAGUUGCCGAACCAACAAUUAUCCAAACAAAAUCUCCCCCAGUUUCCGAACCAACAAUUAUCCAAACAAAAUCUCCCCCAGUUGCCGAACCAACAAUUACCCAACCUAAAUUUCCCCUUGUUGCCCGAUCAACAAUUACGCAACCAAAAUCUCCCCCAGUUGCCCGACCAACAAUUACCCUACCAAAACCUCCCCCAGCUGCCAGACCAAUUUCCCAAUCAAAAUCUCCCCCAGUUGCCCAAUCAACAAUCACCCGAUCAAAAUCUCCCCCAGUUACCUGACCAACAAGUGUUACCGUCCGUCAACCAGGGUCCCUCUCAGACACCCAACCAAGAUCUGCCCCGAGUACCCAGCCAGUUACUCAACCAAGAUAUCCCUCAGUUACCCAAUGAGCAAAACCAACAGGAUCUGUCAGUAUUUUCCAAACCUCAACAACAGGGUGGAGAAAUACCAUCGUUUCAGCUACCACCGCUGCUUCCAGAGCAAGGAGAUGUGAUAAAGGGUUCCUUUAGCAGCCCAUCAUAUGGGGACCAGAACAAGCAACUUUUUUAUAAGCCUGUGAAUCCAGAUGAUCAAAAGUUGGAUCUGAGCAGACAAGAUGUAACCCCGCCUCAGUUGCUUGGUGGUAUAAUUGCAGAGCAAAAAAAACCUGGCUAUACAAAUCUUCAGCUUUCUGCCAAUCGAAAUGAACAAAACACGGAUCUGUUUCCUGGCAGUAAAAAAUCAGGUUGGUAUGGUUCCAAUGUACAGCAAGACACCGAGCAUAAUCUGGGAGCAGCCAGUGUACCCGGGCAGUACCAGAACCCCCCUAUGCUCUCCCAACAGCCAUACCAGGAGCCUGGUGUGGACAGAAAAAACGACAACAAAGAAGACUUAAGUGAAAGUGCUGUUGAUAAGCAGUCUUUUGAUGAGGGCAGACAAACAGUAGAUGAUUCCGUGUUUCCAAAUUCGUUUGGGACCAACAGCGAGAAGGAGCUCAAUAAAGAAAAUACAACGCCUCUGUGGUCAGAUAUGGAUGGGGAAAGGGAGGAUAAAUAUGGCGAUGACGGUGACGAUGCUGAUUAUCUUGCUGCUGAGAAGUAUCAGAAUAAUGACGACAUUAAUUAUGAUGAUGACUCAGAUGAGGAAAGGAAGACAGGUUAUGACGAUGCUGCAGACAGAAAUGAUCAUAAAGAAUUGGCCUCAUUGAAAUCAAUUUGGGAUCGCUCCCAUGUGAAGCAAGAAAAAGAUGAAGACAGUGCAGAGAUUUCAGAAGAGGAUAUGGAUGAAAAUGAAGAUGGUCAAGAUGAGGAUGAAGCUGAUGAUAACUAUUACCGUGCCAAGAAAUUAGACGAAGAUGAGGAUGGGAAUGAAGAUGAAGAUGAAGAGACUGAAGAUGAGGCUGAUUUUGAGGAUGAAGAUGAGGAUGAGACUGAAAAUAGCUAUGAUGGUGAUGAAGAAACUAAUGGUGAGGCAGGAAAUGCCUGGGAAGAAGAUGAAACUGAAAAUGUCUUGGGCUUGGAUGAAGAAGAUGAGACUGAACAUGACUUGGAUGAGGAUGAGGAGACUGAAAAUGUCUUGGACGAGGAUGAGGAGACUGAAAAUGUCUUGGAUGAGGAAGAUGAGACUGAAGAUGUGUUUGAUGAGGAUGAAGAGCAAGAAGAAAUGGAAGGCAACUGGGGUGGUAAAAAUGCUUUGGAACAAGGUGAAGAUGAUGUUGACUCACAGGAAGAAGAGGAAGGUACUGAUGAAGAGCAAGAUGAUAUUGAUGAAUUCUACAAUGCAAAUAUGAAUGGAGAUGAGGAAACCAAUGAUAACACAGGCAAUGAGGAUUGGGACAAUGACACCUUUAACAAGCUACAAGACAAUGAUUCAGAAGAUGAGGAAGAAGAUGAGGAGGGCGAUGAUGUCACUGAUGACUUUGAGGACGGGGCAGACUCUGACCACAGAAUGCUGGAAGACGUGGUGGAUGAGGACCUGGCCAACCGGAACAAGCCGCCCACAGGCCCGUCCAGCAUGGUGCUCUUCUACACCUGGAUGGUGGUGGCUCUGCUGCUCAUGGUGGUGGGCAUCUCCACGUACCAGUCGCGCUUCAAAGGGGUCAAGUUGCCUUUUAUAAGUGGUGGGAGACAAUCUACGAGAGAGGACAAGAGGCGACUGCUUGACCAUGAGUAUGUCUAGAGGAUAAAAUCAUGCUGUCUUCAUUCAGGCCUUCGGGGGCAACAGCAUUGGUGAAUUUAGCUUUCUUUUUUUUGCCUCCAAAUACAGUAUUUAGUUUGCUUCAGGACCCUAUUGUAUUUCUACAUGUAUUGUGAACAAAAUAUGGUUUUAUUUGUGUGUUUGCAAAGUGUACUGGGUACUGUCAGUUUUCAUGGAAAAAGCUCUUUUUGAUAUCACUUGUAAAAUUGUAACAUGUGUUAUUUCUUUGUUUUUUUAUGAAUCCAUUAAAAAAUUUUUUAUUGGAAAUCCUCAAAGAGAUAUUGAUUUUGAUCAAGAUUCAAGAAAAUGUUGAAUGAUUUUGAUUUUUACAUAUUUGUGUGCUGGCACUCAUGGUCUUUUGCAAUGAGUUAUGAGGUAUGAUAAGAGGAGAUAAAUCUUUAUUGUCCAGAUUCUGGCACAUUGUUAAUCAUAAUAAUGUUUAAACUAGAUGCAUAAAUCAGUAUUUUUAUAGUAAUAUGACGGUAUUUUGACCGUACAUGCUUUUAGGUCUUAGAAAUUCUUAUCCAUUUAUUGUAUGAAUAUCCUUUAAUUUUCCAGUUUUGAAAUGUAUGUAUAAUAUUAUAGCAAUUACUGCAUUGAAUAUAAGAUAGUACAGUCGAGCACAGAUAACAUGAACACUCAAAACUUGAAAUCACUGAUAGCUCAUGUAAUAUGCCAUUUCCCGACUCAACCACCAUGUUUUUUUAAAAUGUCAACACCGUUUUCUCAAACACCAGUACAUAUUUGUCGAACAUCCCAUCUUGAAAAACCCUCUCAGAUUGAUUCUAUUCAAGUUCCAAUCACCCUGUGUGCCUGAUGGAAAACAACCCACCCAUCAUCAGUAAGAGUAUCUGAUUACAUGAGCCCAGCAGGCUCCCCUGUCCUGCAUUAAGACAGAAAUUUAUAAGACAUUAGGUAUCUUCAAAUCAAUGUUCUCCAUGUUUAAAAAAAAUCGAGAUAAAAAUCUAAAACAUCAGAAUUACAUGUCAAAUACCCCCGAGAAAGCAAGUGCACUUUGUCAAAUUUGAGAACAUGUGAGUUGGUAUUGUUUCAAUGUCAUAUUUCUGUCUUUGAUCCCAUCCUGAUUUUAAAAGCAUACGAAAUUGCAAAGGAACUUCAUAUGCAACAGAAAUUUGGAUAGGUUCCAAGGGAGAUGUAGCAUCACUCAAAAAGAUGUGUGUGGCAAAUCUGCAACAGUAAAUGUAUUACAGUGGGUUAUUUUCUGACAAUUGUACCAUCAUGCUUACUCCCUUUGAUUUUCUUAAGUUUUGCGAUUUAUCGGUUCACCUAAAUUAUGAAUGUGUCAAACACAUAAGUCAAUCUAAAACGUAUUUCAGCUAUCUGUGCCAGACUGUAUUUGGGUUUUGUCAUUAAAGUACACUUAAUAUGGUGUUGUGUUUAGUGGUCUCAUGAGAGUAUAUUGAUUGUUAUUAUGCGUUUGUUCUAAAUCCUGUUAUGUAGGCAAGUUGUCGUCUUUGGUUCUUAUUUCAUAGGAGUGACUGCCCUUUGUCUUCGCAUACUGACUAUUGGUGUGAACUGUGUAAUGUUGAUUGAUUUAUUUUUGUGGUUCAAAGUAUUAUAUUCACCAUAAGAACAUGCUCUCUUUUUUGUUGGUGGCAGUUAUUUGAACCAGUGAAGACUAUGCAAUGUCAUGCCUUUCUUUGAACAGUUUCUAAUCUGUGAUGAACUUGAAUCGGUAAAGCUAUUUUAUACUUUUGCUUCAUCAUGUGCCAUUCUGUUAAGAAAAACAGCCUUUUUAAAGAAGUUUAUUUUUUCUUUUUGGGUGAAUUCCUUCUGAUGGCACUCUUUCGAGAUAUGUAAAAGAUAUUUCUGCAUAAUGGCGUUCAUUUUAGAAUGUCGGUCCACAAAGUGAGGUCUAACGGUGGAAUUGUUUACUGGAUUCAGCUCUGCCAGUCUCUGUAAAUUGGCUCAGCAUGGUUGGCAUCCAAUUUUUCAGCUGGUGAAGUGAGAAAAUAUACUCAAUGCAUUACCAAGUAGUCCUUCUUUCACUUUAUAAAAUGAUUUUAAAUAUAUUGUGUGGGUAAACUAAAGUCCCUAUCAUUGUAGUGAUAUUAUUCAGUGGAUAGAAGCUUUACUCAAUUGGGUCGAUGUCUACUCAGGGUUCCCCUUCAACAGGGAAAAUGGGAAAAAGCCAGGAAUUUCAUUUUCAACUUUCCCCGUCCAGGAAACACUAUGAACAUAGAAGAAACCAAAAAUAAAUAGGGGGAAAACCAAGAAAUUCAUCAUAACAAAUUCGGCAGAUUCAUUAUGAUUUUUAAAACAACUUUUACUCAAAUAUUGUAACCCUUAUCCUGAUUUGAAAAGAAAAUGUUUGCCAUUCAGCUACCCCAACCCAUCCCCACGUUCCUGGCAUAAUAUAAGGAAAAAAACCAAUUGGACUCGGGCAGUGUAUAUCACUACGUAACCUGCAGCUGUCGAACUUAAAAUGUCCUCUGUGCACAGAGCCUUUGUAGUCGCUCAGUGUCACUUUGCUCUUAGACAAGUUAGAAAAACAAUAGCUGCGCCAAAGCCAGGAGUAUGGCAAACAUUUGUUGGUUGGACAAGAUGUUAAAAAUUCCUGUAUUUUUGGUAUUUGAGAGAUGACCUAGUUGAAUCAGAGAAUUUGGGGAAAAAAGAAUCGGAAGUUUGAAACUUAAAAUAAAAGAUAAUCAGCCAAGGCCAAUGGCAUGUUGUAUAGAGAUACACAAUCAGGAUCAAAGGCGUGUGGUGCAUCCCAUCGGUUUAUUUUGUUUUUGUUUUAUAAGGAUAAAAGUCAGUCUGACUGCCAAUAACAUACCCACCGCCACUUCUUUUUUUCUUUUUAAGAUUUUCCUCUUCUAAGAUGGCCUAAAAGUCUCUUUUUGUGCCUAUGUUUCAUUUACUUUUCAUUGCUCUGUCAUCUUAAAUUUAAGAAAUCACCUUGAAAAUAGUUACUAAAUCCAGGAGAAAACUAGAAUUUUUUUUUUCCUUUAAUGAGUGGGAACCCUGUGAAGUGAAUCAGCCCUUGUGAUCUCAUACACUUUAGAACUUGACUCUUUUUUGUACGCAAGGUUUUCUCUUUGACGAAAAUCUUCCAUUUAUUUAUUUAUUUUUUUGGUAUGUUUUUAAUUUACAAUUUACCUCGUUUUUUUUAUCUGAAUAAGGUUUUGUUAAAUGUGUAAUACAGAUUGAUUUCAUGCCUUGAAAUGUUUUUUCUUCUUGUGAGAUUUCAAGACUAAAGGGUUAGAGUCAACCCACGUCCACUAAAUUUAAUGAUGAAAGAAAAUUUUGUUGCCAGUUGAUCUUUUCCUGUUGUUUAUGUCUUUUUGUGCUGAAACUCUCAGAGAAUCUCUGUGCUGUAUAUUGAAUGUAGUAGCUCCAGUAAUUGGUUUCUUCAAAGAAAUUACUGCUUUGUUAAAAAUUACUUUCUGAAAUUUUGCUUUCAAAGUUAAAAACGUCUGAGAUUUGUUGGGGUUUUUUUGCUUGUUUUUUAGGAGCAUCCUGCCAAGUAGGGGUAUGUGGACCCAGCUUUUUGGACUCGAGUCAGAGUAAUCAUAAAAUAUUCAAGUGAGUACUUGAGUACUCACAUCCUGAGCACAGGCUCAAUGUAUUGUUUGUUAAUGAAACUAAUUUUUACCACAUUUUCUUUCCUCUGUUAUAUGUAUAUUUAUACUAAUUUUGAAUCCUUCGAUCUUUGUUUGAUUUGAACUGUUAAUUAUGCUGCUCCUAAUAUGAUUAAUAAUAACAAUAAUACAAAACAAAUAUAAUAGCAAUGGGAAAAACAGCAUACAAAAAUAUAAAUAUUUCUAUGAUGGUUGGAUAGAAAGGAGACAAAGAAAGCUUUUACUGGCUGAAAAAAGCAAAUCCUCAAGUAAUAACCAGAGCACUUGAGUAUUUAAAAACUGCUUGAGUGAGCACUUGCUGGGACUAAAUUAAUGUUAGUAGCCUUAUGUAACAAACAUGUAUUCUCUUCCCUAAAGAUCUGAAGCUGUUUUGGCAAAAAGUCUUUUUUUUUUCUUUUGUUGUUUGCCUGCAGUGAAAUCUUAUUUUUAUAAUUAUAUUCUAAAUACUCUCAUUCUUCAGGUGCUGGAAGAAUAUUAUGAUUUUUAUUUUGUAUAGAUUAACAGAAUUAUAUAAAAAGGAUGGGAAAUGACAGCCAUAUGUUCAAAAUUUGUAAUGGAAGUUGUGUGCGUUUAGGUAUUUGAAACAUGUCAGUGUUUCAAGGAAGGGAAAAUUUCUUUUUUACAACUUUUGUUCCCUUCUGUUUGGUGUCACCGAUUUUGAUUUGAUGGGAAAAAAAAAGAAGCUUUUUGGGGAUGCUUUUUUGUGUGAAGGUUGAAACCUUAUAUACUUUUUCCAUCUUGACACACGCUUCAUGUGCGGCAAUUUUGAAAUUUCUUAAGCUUAGUUACUGUGAUUACAAAAGCAUGCCUUAGUUUGGACAUGAAUAUGAAAGAGCAACCAAUUAGGAAUGUAAUUCUACAGUGUUUGUGUUUCCCCUGACAGUGAAGUACUUUUGGGUGUCUGUAAAGAUGUGAGGUUUCCAGUGGAUGAGUCUGGGUCAUCAAAUUUUGUCUCAGUUUUUUAGCAGAAUUCUAUGUUCACUCAGGCUGGGUUGAGGGGUGAAACAUUUGUUAUUAGUCGAUCUAUGAUGACGUCACUUGCACACUGUGUCACUUCAUUUGAAGCAGAGAAUGCAGGUGUAUUGUAACCUUUUUUGGCUACAACAAUGAGCCUUUUGGAAUAAAUAUGAUAAGAUUGAUAAGACAACGAAAUCAUUUCUUGUGCCUGUGUAUCGUGGUAUGUUUGAAUUGACUUUAUCAUUCAUUCUAGAUGUAAUUUGGAUUGGAUUUAAAUAUUUCUGUUUCGGGGCAGAAAAGCUGAUUGACUUCUAAGCAUUGUUGUGAAUACAUGCCACUGUAUUUUCUGUUUCUGAAAAAGAGCCAUGACAAUUGAACAAUUUUAUUCAUAUUUCAAAUGUGCAAAUUAUUAUUAUUUUGUCUACUAGUGACGAAAAUGUAUGUGGUUGGCAAAGCUGAUGCGUUAGUUUUGUGUUAUGGGCCACACUGUAGUUUUACUGGCAAUAAAUUUGAUUUCUUAAGUAGAAAGUUUACUGCAGUGUGCUCCAAAGCAAUUGUUACAAAAAUUCAAAGAAAUUCUUUUUCUUUUGUGUAAAGUAAGUGUAAUGAGUUUCUCCCCAGACAAUCAGUGUGGUAUGAAAUUGGACUGUCUCGAUAUCGCCACAUAUGACUUGAUGACAUCUGCUAGCCGCUGAGAAACUUCACAAUACAUUAUGCUAUGAACAAGAUAGAAAGAUUUUUAAAAUAAAAAUGCAAAAAUUAUUUGCUUGACUGAUUAAUUUUCAGUUUUUUUUAAAUCUUUGCCCCAAGUUCAUAUGUUUGAUUACCAGUACUUUUCCAUUAAUAUUAGUAUUAUCAGUUUUGUUGACUUUUACUAGUGACCACUUUAUAAUGUUCUGAAUAAUGACAUUUUUGUAUUAAAUUAAAUUUGAAAUAUUAUUUUGCUAAAACCUACACCCAUUUUAUGUACAGGGUUGUUGUUUUUUUACUCAUGAUGUUAGCUGCCUUUUUAUGUCUUUUUUGAAUACAUAUCCCUAUACUAGAAAGGACGUCAAAUUGGCCAAAAGACCACAAAGAAAGAUGAAAGUUUCAAAGGAACCUAUGCGAGCUUUUACUGAAAAUUUGUUAUGUCGUGUAUGAACCGGGUCAUGAGACUCCAUGCAUGUCUUUUGUUUAAAGUGUGUGGAUGAUUAUGGUCGCCAAACCAUCUUUGUGAACUUGCACUGUAUUAAAACGGGCAAGAGAGUUUCCUUUGAUCUUUUCAGACACAAGGAAAACUUAACCUUAUUUCGGACACCCCUGGUAUAUGACUAUUACCGUCCAUAUUAAAGUCUUACUGUUAUGCUAAUAGCUCUUUUAACCCUGCCUGAAAUGUUUGGUUCUGGGUUGUGGUACUCAUGGACAUAUGUAUACAGUCGAACCUGACCAAGAUAACCACGUACUGUCAAGGAAAAAAAAAAA